AUGUUUCGUGCGGUCGGCCGUUUCAAUCCAGUUGCCUUGAAAAAGGUUGUUCACAGAAAUGCAUCCACUACUUCGGUUCCAGCAAUUACAGAUAUAGAAAGAAAAUGGAAGUCACUUUCUACCGAUGAGCAGAAUAGCCUUUCGAGGCAACUUGAAGAAAUCCAAAAGCAAGACUGGAACAAGAUAACCGUCGAAGAAAAAAAAGCCGCCUAUUAUAUUUCUUUUGGCCCUCACGGCCCAAGGGAGCCGCUGACAAAGCCGGGCCACGUGAGUAAGGUGAUUGCAGGAAUCGGUAUUAUUGUUGCUAUUUCUACCGGGAUUUUUUACUUGACCCGAGCAUCAGUUUCCGAAAGACCUGUGACCCUUACCAAAGAAUGGCAAGAGGCCACUAACGAAAAAUUGCGCGGCCAAAAUGCCAAUCCGAUAUCCGGUUUGUCUUCCGAAGGAUAUAAGGGAAAGGGUUAUGUGACCGAGAAAUGA